AGGCGGCUGGGGCCGCUCCUCACUCGCAGCGGGCUGCUGAGACCUACGGGGCAUCCUCCGGCUCCGCUCAGUCGCAGCCCACCGGGAUCCUCCGCGCGGACCCACCGAGAGUCAGAGGCUCCGGGGAGGUCUAUUAAGGACAUUCUAACCACCUUCAAGGACUUCAAAACAGGAGCAUUGAAUUAUUGUGAUUAGACCAUGAGUCCCUCCCGGUUUUGUAUUGUCUUCCUGGGAUUAGCAGCUUUAAUAUGUCAAACACAGGGGUUUUUCCUGCCCAAUGCCACUCAUUUGGAGAAGUUUCUGAGCAAAUAUCAGGAUAACCAGCCUCAUUCGAGAGGAAAAAGAGCCAUUCCUAGGGCAGACAAGGAAGAGAUACUUAUGCUUCACAACAAACUGAGAGGUCAGGUCUACCCAUCAGCCUCAAACAUGGAAUAUAUGACCUGGGAUGAUGAGUUGGAAAGAUCAGCGGCAGCUUGGGCUCAUGAAUGUAUCUGGGAACAUGGACCUGCUACCCUCCUUGUGUCCAUUGGCCAGAACCUGGCAGUCCACUGGGGCAGGUAUCGUUCACCAGCAUUCCACGUCCAGUCAUGGUAUGACGAAGUCAAAGAUUACACAUAUCCUUACCCCCAUGAAUGUAAUCCUUGGUGUCCAGAGAGGUGCUCGGGACCUAUGUGCACUCAUUAUACCCAGAUAGUUUGGGCGACUACCAACAAGGUUGGCUGUGCUGUGAACACCUGCAGGAGGAUAAAUGUUUGGGGAGAUGUGUGGGAGAAUGCGAUCUAUCUCGUCUGCAAUUAUUCUCCAAAAGGAAAUUGGAUUGGAGAAGCUCCAUAUAGAAAUGGCCGGCCCUGCUCUGAAUGUCCACCCAGUUACGGUGGAGGCUGCAGGAAUAACCUCUGCUACCGUGAUGAGUCUUAUGUUCAGAAGCCUGAGACUGAAGAGACGAAUGAAGUAGAAAUGUCUCAGAUUCCUGAGGAGAAACCCAUAUGGAUCCAACCAAGGGUAACCAAACCCACCAAGCCCAAGAAAACCACUGCAAACAAUUAUAUGACACAAAUCAUCAAGUGUGAGACCAAAAUGAGAGACAAGUGUAAAGGAUCCACAUGUAAUAGAUAUCAGUGCCCAGCAGGCUGUUUCAACAACAAGGCAAACAUUUUUGGAACUCUUCUUUAUGAAAGUUCAUCAAGCAUAUGCCGUGCUGCCAUCCAUUUUGGUGUUAUAGAUGAUAAAGGAGGUCUGGUUGACAUCACCAGGAAGGGGAGAGUACCUUUUUUUGUGCGGUCUGAAAGGAAUGGCAUUGCAUCUUUAAGUAAAUUCAAAGCUUCAAACUCAUUCACGCUUUCUAAAGUAACAGUGCAAGACCUGGAUUGUUAUAGCACGGUUGCUGAGCUAUGUCAAUUUGAAAAGCCAAUGAAACAUUGCCCAAGAAUUCGUUGUCCAGCCCACUGUAAGAAUGAACCAUCAUAUUGGGCUCCGGUGUAUGGGACCAACAUUUAUGCAGAUACUUCAAGUAUCUGCAGGACUGCGGUGCACGCUGGAGUCAUCAAAGAUGAGACUGGGGGUUACGUGGAUGUGAUGCCUGUAGAUAAAAAGAAGAUUUAUGUUGCUUCGCUCAGAAAUGGGGUUCAGUCUGAAAGUUUGAAGACCCCUCGAGAUGGGAAGGCUUUCCGGAUCUUUGCAGUGAAGCAGUAAACUUCCAGAACCAAGGAAGAAGGGAUCUUCUUCACCAGAGUACUACGAUUUUGUUUUUGUUUUUGUUUUUGUUUUGUUUGUUAUGUGUUGUUUUUUUUUUUUUUUAUAAAUUGUGAGCGUUGGAAAAUUUACUUCUAGUGGCCUUUGAUGUGACAUCCAGGCUGAAUGAACCCUUCUUUUCCCAUUCAUCACCUUGGGAGAGAGCACCACCUCAUUUCCAUUGAGGAGCAGCAUUCUAGGGCAAGGCUUUCAGAGACAGGCUAUUUUUGACCUGGGCCAGGGGUUCUGAGACCCACUGCCCAAAGCCCUGUGCCAUUAUGCACAGGAAACAAGUGGCUGCCUGAGAUGAAUGAGAGAUUUUUUAAAACGCCAUUCUGAUACGUGGAGCUGGAGGGUUUUAUCUUCUUCAGAGAAGAAAAGAUUUUGACUGAAAAGUGCUCAGUUACAGAAUGGUUUGGGGAAAAGGUAUGUUAGGUGAUGGGCGUGUAGAAUUUAGUCAAGAAGGAUGGAUGGUAGAAGAUGUAAAAAUAAAUAAAAACCAUCCUUAAUAAUAAAGAAACAUGGGUUUAAUGUUUGCUGGUCAGACAAUUUAUAAGACAUGAGAAGACUAGGGGAGAAGGAAAAUAGAGAAUAAGGGCAUGAAUCUCUUGUCUUGGCACAUCUCCAAGUUAAUAAAAUUUGAGAUACACAGCA